UACUUCCUGCAGGGGGCGUGUUCUCUCCCGGAAAUGGCUGCAAUCCCCACCCCCCGGGGCGGUGCGUCCCCGGGCAGCCGAGCUCGGCAUGAGCGUCCUGCUGCUGUCCGGUCGGGCUUGGCUGUGCUCUGCGGCGCGCGGGGUCUUUCCCUGUCUUUGGAGAGGGAAAUGCUUUUGCACUGGGAAUGAGCGGGCAGAAAAGAACCCGACGACGCCAAUGCUGCGGCAUCUGGUGUAUAAAAUAAAGUCCACUGGCCCCAUCACUGUGGCCGAGUACAUGAAGGAGGUGUUGACCAAUCCAGCCAAGGGAUAUUAUGUGUACCGUGACAUGCUGGGAGAAAAAGGAGAUUUCGUUACUUCACCUGAAAUAAGUCAGAUCUUUGGGGAGCUGCUAGGGAUAUGGUUCAUUAGUGAGUGGAUGGCCACUGGAAAAAGUGCAGCUUUCCAGCUGGUGGAACUGGGCCCUGGUAGGGGAACCCUCGCAGGGGAUAUUUUGAGGGUGUUUAAUCAGCUUGGAUCUGUGUUGAAAAACUGUGACAUUUCCAUACAUCUGGUGGAGGUGAGCCAAAAACUAAGUGAGAUUCAAGCAGUGACGCUGACUGAAGAGAAGGUCCCGUUAGAGCGGAAUGCUGACUCCCCAGUGUACAUGAAAGGUGUUUCUAAGACUGGGAUUCCAGUUUGCUGGUACCGAAAUCUGCAAGAUGUCCCAAAAGGAUACAGCUUUUAUCUUGCACAUGAAUUCUUCGAUGUUCUUCCUGUGCAUAAGUUUCAGAAAACUCCACAAGGAUGGCGAGAAGUGCUCAUCGAUACUGAUCCGCAAGUUUCUGAUAAACUGAGGUUUGUCUUGGCGCCUUGUGCCACCCCAGCAGAAGCCUUCAUACACCACGAUGAAAAAAGGGAUCACGUUGAAGUGUGUCCUGACGCCGGUGUCGUCAUUCAGGAACUUUCUCAACGUAUUGCACUGACUGGAGGUGCUGCGCUGAUUGCUGAUUACGGCCAUGAUGGAACAAAGACGGAUACCUUCAGAGGAUUCUGUGGCCACAAGCUGCAUGAUGUGUUGAUCGCCCCAGGAAUGGCAGACCUAACAGCUGACGUGGACUUCAGUUACCUGCGCAGAAUGGCACAAGGACAAGUAGCCUCGCUGGGCCCAAUAACACAACAAACAUUUUUAAAAAAUAUGGGCAUUGAUGUUCGGCUGAAGAUUCUUGCAGAUAAAUCACACGAGCCUUCAGUUAGGGAACAGUUACUUCAGGGAUAUGAUAUGCUCAUGAACCCUAAGAAGAUGGGAGAAAGAUUUCACUUUUUUGCGCUGCUGCCUCAUCAGAGACUCCGUGGUGGAAGUCACCAGACAGAAGCACGGCCGUCAAGACCCUCUGUGGCGCCUGUGGCUGGCUUUGCUGACCUUGCUUGGAGGUGAUGCUUCAGAUUGGCCUUGUUACCCCUCAGUCUGCCCAAGAACUCAGAAUAAAGGGAGCACAUUUCCUACACUGCA